AUGAACUGUCCACAUUUGAAUCAAGCAUUUCGUAAUGAGAAGACUCGCGACGGCGUCUUGAAAACAUAUAAUAUGAUACGUUACAUCAUCGAGCACAGUACCUUCAAAAAUAGGUAUUUACUAUCGAUGAGGUGCUCCGAGUGCAAUGAGAUAAAUUGCGGAUCGACAUUUAUGUGCCUUCAAUGUGGAUUCUGCGGCUGCUGGAACUCACAACACUUUUUGGCGCACAGUGAAAAGGUCGGACACAUUUUCGGGGUGAACUCCAGCAAUGAGCUUCUUUUUUGUUUCAAAUGCAUGGAUUUUGUGAGUGGUAACGAAAUGCUGGCCAACUCCAUGCUGAUAAAGUGCUGGGAUGAUGUUUCCGUGAAGAGUUUGUUGCCCACUGCACGAGGGCGGGACGGUUUGUGUGGCCUUGUGAACAUGGGUUCGACGUGCUUCAUGAGCAGCAUCGUUCAAACGCUGGUGCACAACCCAUACGUGUUGAAGUACAGUCUCGAUCAGUAUCAUGCGGCCCACUGUACCGUCCAAGACAGUAAAUCUUGCUUCUCCUGCGCCUUAGAUUCUGUGGUGACGAGCUUCUAUGGCCCCUCCGAUGACGUGACCUUUUCUACACAGCAACGGGGGUUCAUAGACCUGCUUUCGUGUGCUUGGAAAAUCGAUAAAAACUUAGCAGGAUAUUCACAGCAAGAUGCGCAUGAGUUCUGGCAGUUCUUCCUAAAUCAAUUGCAUUCCGAUCACACCAGAAUUUCAAAAAACUCACCAACUAAGGUUGGUCAUUGCAAUUGUAUCGCGCAUUCUGCCUUUCAAGGUACUCUAAGAAGUACAAUCAUCUGUGCAGACUGUCAUGAAGGUAGCAAUAACACAUUUGACCCCAUGAUGGAUCUUUCGUUAGAAAUAAAGAAUAAGUUCAACUUGGUCGAAUGUUUGCAAAGUUUCCACGAAGGCGAGACCCUUACAGACUUCAACUACAAAUGUUCCAGCUGUGAAUCUGUUAGGAAUCCAAUAAAACAAAUGAACAUUGCCAAAUUGCCACCAGUUAUGGUAUUACAGCUCAAGAGAUUCGAGCAUCUGAUGAGUGGGACUAGCGUAAAACUUAACGACCCAGUACAUUUUCCAGCCUAUCUAAACAUGACUCCAUAUUGUCAUCAAGAUAGUUCCAGUGGUAUGCCUGUUAUAAUCUACGAACUCGUGGCUGUCAUUUCUCAUGAAGGCUCGGUAAAUCAGGGUCAUUACACCAGCAUGUGCAAGAUACCAGGCGGGCAGUGGUUUCGAUUCAACGACUCUAUGGUUGUAACUAUCUCUGAAGAAGAGGUGCUCAAGCAGCAAGCAUAUCUACUUUAUUAUAUCGUUCGCCAAGUUGGUAGUUCCUGA